AUGAUUGAUGAUGAUGAUGAUGAUGGUGGUGAUGAUGAUGAUGAUGAUGAUGAUGAUGAUGAUGAUGAUGAUGAUGAUGAUGAUGAUGAUGAUGAUGAUGAUGAUGAUGAUGAUGAUGAUGAUGAUGAUGAUGAUGAUGAUGAUGAUGAUGAUGAUGAUUAUGGCAAUUGGGUCUCAGGGUGCCUUCGAAAUUAUCGGUGA